AGUGUAUAACCCAGAUGACAUGGAAGCGCGCUCCAAGAUGCACCUGGCCAGCACAUGUGCUGGAGUUGGCUUUGGUAAUGCUGGGGUUCAUCUUUGUCAUGGCAUGUCUUAUCCCAUAUCUGGCAGUGUUAAAAACUUCCAUCCUGAAGAUUACAAGUGUGAUCAUGCAAUUAUUCCUCAUGGAUUAUCAGUAGUGGUGACUGCUCCGGCUGUGUUCACCUUCACCGCCUCAAUGUGUCCUGAACGUCACCUGGAGGCUGCAAAAGUCCUUGGGAAAGACGUAACUAGAAUUAAGAGAGAGGAUGCAGGUAUGUUUAUUAAUUAAUACUGUAUUUGUCAAGCAUAAGUGAAUUUGUGUGUGUAAAGCUGGUUCAUUAGGUUUUCAUUUGGAAGACUGCUUUCCUUCUCAUAUCUUGUACUCUUUAUAUCCUGAUAAACUAAGGGAAGUAAGGG